AUGUUCCGUCCGUGGAACGGCGGCGCCGGAAGAACACAAGCGUCUGGGCCCCAGCAACAGACCGAGUCCAAGCCCAUGGAAACGCCUGGAGGACGGCCGCAGCAACAGCGAGUCAGCGGCAUCCCUCCCGUGGGUGCACCUGCCCCAGCCGCCGCGCCACCUAAAGACCCCUUCCGUACGAAGCGUCAACUGCCACGGACGCCUCUGUCCUCGAAGACCGGCAACAGGUUGCCCGGUUCUCGAGCACGCGCAUCCCCCUCCGUAACCAAAAUCCCCCGCUCCUCGCACUUCGCACGCUCGGCGUCUCCGGCGCGUUCGCCGCCUGCUGCCAGCGUGAGCACUCCCACUGGCGGUGGCUCUUCGGGUGCUCCUGCUGCAGCGGGACAAGGUGGUGGUGCUGUUGGCGAGAUCGUCACCACCCCUGCGGCCGACACCAAGCGAAUAGAGGAAGAGAUGCUCGCCGCUUUCGCGAGGACGCCCAAGGUGGCAAGGACGCCGCCGAAGGGCUCCGCUCCUCGAGGAGGACAGGAAGCAGCUGGUGGUGCACGUCCAGCGCCAAGACUCUCGGCAAAGACGCCGGAACCGGCAGCUUUCGGAGGCCAGCCAGGAGGAGUCGGCCAGCAGCAUCCCAACGGCAGCAGAAUUCCGCCGCAGGCGGAGGCGGAGGCGGAGGCGGAGGCGGAGGCGGAGGCGGAGGCGGAGGCGGGUCGGGUGCCUGACGAGGACCCUUCCAGGGGACCCGUAGCAGCAGAGCCCGCCUUCGAAUCGGUCUUCGGAGGGAGAGCGAAGGUUGCAAGGACCCCUCCACAAAGGGUCGACGCAGUCCUAUCGACGGAGAAGAAAGGCGCGGCCGGGGUCGGACAGCAGGUGGCAGCCAACCCGGAGGGAGGCUACUCCGGCUUGCACGGCGGCGGCGGUAGCAACGGCGGGCAAGAGGAGAGGGAGGGCGAGAGCAAGGCGGGCUUGAACGACGCGCAGGAGAGCCAACGACAGCAGCAGCGGUCAGGCUUUGGCGUCCCUUCAGCGACGGCGGCGGCGCACGCUCCCCUGCCGGCAGCACCAGAACGGGCAGGAGUGCGGGAUGCUGCCGCCGGUGGCUCCCCCGCCCGGCUCGCUUCGCCGUCGGUGAGCACCGACAGCAGCUUCACCAACGCGGCGAACGUCAGGAGCCUGGCGGGUAGCUCUUCGAAGGCCCCCGAUGUUGUCGGCGGGAGACCGGGCGGAGGCGGGUUCUGUGGAGCGCUUACCCCCGCGGCCUUCAAAGGGCUCACGUCGGCGAUGAGGACGCCCUCCACGGGAAUGGAACGCCGCGGUGCCCCUGCCAACGAGGUGCCCCAAAUGAAGUCACUCGAUGCUGCCGUAGCCCCAACUGCACACCACAAGCCUGCUCCCCGAGGCCCGUCAGCCGCGAGAGCCAUGAACCGGGCAGCUCCUCCCAGACCCCGUUAUGCUUCGUCUGUUGCCGAGGCUAAAGCGGCCGCGGAAGCCGCUGCCGCGGCUACGGCGGCGAGGCGGGCCAAACCUGCGGCCGCUGCCGCUACCGCCGCUGAAGCUGGCCCCACGGCCAGGGAUACAGAGCCGAUCACAUCCUCCGGAGGUCGUUUUGCCGCCGCCGCUGCAGCCGGCCCCGCGGUCAGCAGUACGGAGCCGAUCACAUCCUCCGCAGACACUUCUGGUCCCCCUGCGAGCCCAAGCGCACCGCCAUCAUCCGAAGCAGUUCCUGCUGCAGAGCCUGGAGAGGCUCUUGGAGGUGCCGGCGGAAUGGCUGCCCCGUCGACGUUGGGUGAGGCUGACCCGGGUCCGGUGGCUUCGCACACGGUGCCGACGGCAAAAGAAGGUGCGCCGGCGGGCCCCGGGGAGUCUGGCAACGGCAGGACCGAUGCGGAGCUGGGUGUCGAUCCUUUCGUCCGCUCGCAGAAAAUCGCCCGCACCCCUACCCGCGGUCCGGCAGUCGGCGCGGUCCCCCGUGGCGUUGCCCCCGCCACAGACGUCGCCGAGACAGCGGCUGCCGAUGAGACAGCGGCUGCCGGGGUUACCACUACCCAUGGUGCCGUCGCCCACGGCACCCAAGACGGAGAUGCUGAUGCUGUCCCAGGCACGGAGAUUCGACCGGAGGAGGCUACGCCGGAGGUCGGAGUGGAAGGGGAGAGAUCGCCGGAGGCGCCGGGGGGGGACCCUUUCGCGAGCAGGAGCAAUAUUCCUAGGACUCCGACCGAUCAGGUUGCGCCGCCCCGGGAAUCCUUUGUUCAGGAGGGGGGGGAGCGGGUCGAGAGGGGGGACGCGGGGCCGAUGGGAGAAGGGGAAGCGCGGCUGCGGAUCGGGGAGUUGCACCAAGAGCUGGCAUGCAUGACGGACAGGCUCACAAAGCAGGCCGAGGAACGGAACAGGCUAGCGGACGUCGCCUUCGAGGCCCAGGACGAGGCCAUCAAGCUCCGACAGCAGCUGGAACAAUUCCAGCAGCGGGAGAGGAAAAACGGCGGCGACGGGGCCCCAAGCGACGCGACCAGCGGCAGCAACGGCGAGGGCGGUGGGCCCUCGGGGGAGGGUGGUGCGGCGGGAUGCGCGGAAGAUGAGACGGACGCGCGCGUGCUGCAGCUGGAGAUCGAGAAGCUGGAGACCGAGCAGAGCAAGGUGGAGGCCGAGAGGGAGGCCCAGCGUGCGGCGGAGGAGGCGAGGCGGGCGAAGGCUGCCCUUGACGAAGCAAGAGCUAAGGUGCGCGAGCUGACCCUUUCUGCGGAGGCUCAGCGUGAAAAGAUGCUUGAGGAGAAACUCAGGAGGGACCGCGAACAGUGCAAGCAAGACGAGAGGGCCAUCGAAGAACACCAGAUCAAGGUGAAGCUGUUUAUCGCCAACAAGCGUGCCGAGAUCCUUCGGGCACAAGCCUCCGAGAAAGAGAGGCUUCGGGCAGAGCAGGUCGUGCGCUCUGCGGCAGUCGCCGUGGCCGGUAGGGCGUUUGAGGUGGUGCGGGAGCUCGUGUCGCGGAACGCCAGGAUGUCAAGGCGGGUCGCUGGUUGGCGGGCCAUCGUGGAGGAGCGCCAGCGGCGCGUCUCGGAGCUAAAGGAAAGGUCAGCCCUGCUGGAAGCCAGCGGAAGAUCUGCUCAGGACGAGGCCGAGGCGGUGCGGGAGCAGCUGGCUAGGGCGAUGGAGGACCUGGAGGCCGCAAAGGAGUCUAGCGGGGAACUCGAGGGGGGGGGGGUGCUCGUUGCUUGAAGUGGACCAAUAUAACAUAGAGCCAUCCAAGCAAAGCUUAUUACUCACCUGAACGACCUGACCAACCACGCAAAAACUGCGGAGCUAGAUGUGCGGCACGCACAAUGAAUUGUUUUCGAUUGGAGAGAGGCGAGUACAAAGCAGUAAGGAAUUGUUGGCCAAACUUUCGGCAGAUAGGUCUACUCGGGAGCGUAAGUGGGGUAGCAACCCAUGGUGGAGCGUACACGAGAAGCUGGACGUUGGUGUACGAUCCAUCCCGGCGUGUGAGUAGGAUCUUAGGCUAUGCAAGUCGUCCCUGAACUUAUUGUGGUGAAAAUGACCUCCCAGGAGGAAAGUAGCCUGUACCGCGG